AGUGUUUUUGACGUAACAUGAAUAUGAUAAAUAAAUUAAUUGUUUUUACCAUCUCUUUAUAAUGAGUUUUUUGCCUAUUAACUUGAUGUUUAAAAUUAUAAAGUUUGUAAUUUGCCAUACGUAACAUUUUGGAGUUAACUUAAUAUUUUCUUUCGUCGUAUACGGAUGUAUGUGGAUAUUCAUGUAAAAAGGAAGCUUCAAAGAACUAAGAAGAUACGGAUGAAUUAUAACAGUUUCCUGUAGGAAUAUUUCAACAUGCGUGCCAUAUAUACAGUAACAGUCUGGCUAGCAUGUACUGUAUCGUGCUCUGCAGUGCUUGAUUUCUUCACAAAUCAAGAAUAUUUACACAAUGGCACUCUAAUCCCGAUAGAUCCCGAUGUUUGCACCUCACAGAAUAUCACAUUUACAUGUAUGCUUCUUAGUACUCCAAAUCCUAGCAACUCCAUUGGCUUCGCUGUGAAAAAUGAAAGUACGAAUAAGGAGUUUCUACCUGUGGACAAGGAUAGAAUAACUGCGAUAAAUGAGACCUCAUCGGAAUUUAUGAUUUACAACAUCAAUACCACAAAAUACAUUUUUGUUAAAUGUUUCUACUGGGAAACUUUUGGUGUUGUUAAUGAUACGUCCCUGCAGCUCGGUGAUACAUCAGCAGCAUCUAUUUACCCUAUGCCUGAAAAGGUGGAACAUGUGGAUUGCAUUGUGGAAAACUACAUCAAAUCAAUGAGGUGUUCUUGGAGUUACGGGGACAACUAUAAAGGACGCGAGUUACCACAUGUAGAAUUUCAUUGGAGAAUUCCAGAAUACUCGAGGUCAUGGAAUGUAUGUAGUGAUCUGAACAUUAAAGCAGGCUACUGUAACUGGAACAGCUCACGUAGUGGAGAUUUUACAAUGAAAUUAAUUGAUAUAAAGCUUAUGCUUAAAGAGCCAUGUGGAGUGAAUGUGUCCUCAAACUUCACCAUAGACACAAGAAAGAUAGUGAAGCCCAACCCAGUUUUUGGAUUAAAAUCUUCAGUUUUAAACAGCACUUGUGUCCAAGUGCAAUGGAGAACAAACAAUUCAGAGAUGCAGUACCCUAAAGAACACAAACUGAUAGUUUCCAGUAAAUGGGAUGACCCUAAGGUGUAUAAGUUCAACACAACAGAAGAUACUGAAAAAGAUACACACGGUUGGACGUUGUGUAGUCUGCACCCACAUACAGCUUACACAUUCACUGUAAGCAUACAGCCAACUGGAGGGCAAGCAGGUUUUUAUAGCGACCCUAGAGAAAUUGUGGCCACUACAUACUCUGAUAUACCAAGUGCCAGUCCAGGUGUAACAGAAGGGGGUUACAGCUGGACUCACAGGGACUGUGAAGGAAUAAAUGACAAAAGAAAAGUUUGUGUGUUUUGGAAGCCAAUCCCAGAGGAAGAUAAAAAUGGUCAAAUGAAAGGACUAGAUGUUGUAUUCACAGCUGUCAAUCAGGCUAGUAAACCAAUCAAUAACCAGUGGGCUGAAGAUUCAACAUAUGGUUGUAGUUUGGGCUUGCUGUGUAAUAUAGACUACGUGUUCUCCAUCAAGGCUAGAAAUAGAAAUGGUACAUCAGAAGAUAACUCUACAUUGCUUAUAUCGGCUGUCACUAAAGGAAUAGUCCAGCCACAGUUUAUCGUUGAGGCUGCCAACACCUCAAAUGUUUCUGUGAGUUGGACAGAAGCAGAAAAAGCCACUGGUUAUGUGGUAGCCUGGUGUAGAAACAGAAAUGGAGAAUGUGAGAAUAGAAACAUUGUUAAUUGGCAAAGAUUCUCUUCGGCCACUAGAAAAGCUGUUCUUCAGAUUAAUCCAGAAAACUCACCACAGGACUUUCUGUAUGGUGUAAGUGUGUUGACAGAGCAAGGCAGCAGUGGUGUAGAAUGGCAAGAUUGUGUCUACCUUAAAAAUGCUAAACCGAGUAGGAAGCCUCAAAAUGUGGUUGUGUCAACAGGACCAGAUGAUAACACACUAGUUGUCACGUGGGAUAAACUGACAUGUAAAUCAGAUGAGCCUUACAUAGCCAUGUACAGUGUGCAGUUUUACAAAGAGCAUGGAGGAAACCAGCAAUCCCAAAAUGUCUCAGCAUCAGGUGAAGCAAGGGUUGUUUUGAAUAACUUGGAGGAAGAACAAACUUACAUUGUAACAGUGAGAGGAAUUACAAAAGAUGGACAUUAUGGACAAGAGAGUCAACAACAGAAAGGUGUACCAGUAGAUAAAAGUUUAAAGCCAGACGCAAUUGUGGGAAUUUCCAUCAGUGUGCCUAUAGUUGUUAUACUAGCGGUUGUUGGAUGUUUCUGUGUGUUAAGAAUGUGUAAAAGGAAAGCAGACAAGACUAAAGAAAGUUUAGCACAAAUAACUAUCCCCGACGACACCCCCUUUGGACCGGAUGGUACAGUGGAAGAGGGAGGAAUUGACAGAUCAUCAACUCGAUCUAUAAAUAGUAUUGAACGUCAGAAUAGUAAUGACAGUGGCUUUGACCCGAUGACACCACCGGUUGGCAAGUUUGAUAAGCAACCUAAGUUUGUUAAUGUAUCCGGGUUGAAAAACCCGCAAGUUCUGCCAAAUGGCUAUUGUACGGCAGAAUUUGAAAAAGGUCAAAGCUCUGACAUAGAUCCUGGUUCUCCUGCAGUUGAAUUGGGUUCUUUACAUACUUCCUUAGAUAACUUACACUUUGUUCCAACAGAGCCAGUAGUAGCUCAAGUUGGCUUUGUAAUGAAUGGGAACUAUGGGACUGGUAGUGAAACGUUUGUGAAAAAAGUGGACAGAGAUACUGUUCUUAAUGAAACAGCAGUGAAAGCGAGGGUAAAGAAUGAUUCUGGGGAUUCUGGUGUGAGUGAUGCUUAUUCAAAAGCGGCAUUAGGUAGAUCAGGAGAAAAGAUGAAUAAUGAUAAUGGCCAAGAUGUUGAUGAAAAAAAUGCUAACAAUGAUAAUGAAAUACCUGAUUACGUGUCAGGUGAUAAAGUCAUUAACUCAAGUUUCAAAACAAGUAGUAUUAUAAUACCAACGACUUUAGCAUUUUCUGAAUGUUCAUUUGAUAAUAGUUCCUUUUCUGAUCGGGAAAAUGAUAUUACAAACAGUCAUGUUUCAGAUACAUGUGUUGGGUCUUCACCUGACUAUGUUAAAGCACAGUCGCCACAUGAUAAUGUAAAUGCUUUGUUAUCUCCUGAAUAUAUUACAGCUCAAUCACAUACCGUCAGUACAAACAUAAAAGCAGAUAAUCAUCAAGUCAGUUUACCUAAACACAAAAUUCAAAAUAAAAGUAAUGAAGAUAAUGAAAGUAUCCCUGAAAAAGUCUUUGCAAAUGUUUCUUUCCAACCAUUAACCAAUAUUCCAUGUCCCAGAAGUAUGGAUGAGAGUGAUGAUUCCAGUAUUGAGGAAGAAACUGUAUCAUCACCUACACAUGCUGAUGCUUCUUCUGCUCCUGUAAAGCCUCAGUCUGGUACAAGUAAAAGUGACUACAUAAAAGUAACAAAUAACAGUACACCUAUGAUUCACAUUCCAUCCAACUCUUCGAAAUCUUUAUCACAGCCAGUAAAUGAACAUGGUCAGGCCUCAGAUUAUGUUACGACUACUGACAUGCCAAGCAUGUCGAUAAAAUGUGCUCCUCAGCAGCAGGAAAACUCAGGUACUAGUUAUGUCACAUUGCCUAACACUGGAAUGCCAGUGUCAGAGAGGACACAUGGAAUCCCAGUCCAGAUGUUGUGUGUUAAUCCACAUCAAAAGCCAAACGAUGCACAUGUUUCUGUAUCAGAAAGUCAAACCAGCAAACAGAACUCGGAUGUUUCCUUGGGUUAUGUAACUUCUGUAACAAGCCUGAAUACUUCAAACUUAACACAGUCCUCACUGAAUUCCUCCCCAGUUAGUUCGCACACAACAUCUAAUCUUCCUUCUACUGACUCUAACUAUUUUUCAGAAGAUCCAAAUGUUAAGAUUCCUACACCUGCAUCUGACCAAACUAAUAUGACACUUCUUUCUGUUUACAGUUGUAUGUCUUCUAAUGUUGUUAAUGAUAACCAUGCAGCUGGAGGAUAUACGUCUCAUUCUGCUGUUGCUCAGGGUCCAGUUCCUGUUAGUUCUGCUCCUAUUUCGGUAACUACUGGUGGAUAUUUGCCCCAUUUAAAUCCUGUUCAAGGUCAAAUGUCUCCUGGUGCUACUGCUGCUCAAAGUGCAAUGUAUUCACCUAAUGUUCAGGCGUCUUGUGAAGGUGAACGAGAUGUUGCAUAUCCAAAUGCUUCAAAAACCGUUGACUCUACAUCUAGUGCUAAUAGUGGUUACGUAUUGUCAGAAAAUAAUCCUUUCCCAAAAUCAACAGAACAGACCUCGUCAGGGUAUGUAACAAAUACAGAUUCUCCUGCUACAUUUUCUUCUGUGGCAGCUGAAAGUUAUGAUGUCAGUCCCCAGUAUAGGCACACUACAGCACAGAAAACUGAUAGUCAGCUUAAAGAGAGUUACACAGGUAGUGACUGUACGGAUCAGUCACUAUCUUCUGAAUCGGGGAUGGUUGCAUUCAACAAUGAUCAGCCUAAAGAAAAUAUCCCAGAUAGCCAUACCAAUAAAACAAAUGAAUCACAAAAACCAAAUAAUGUGCCGACCAGUGAAAUGCAAUUACCAAAUGGCUAUGUGGAUCAUCAAUUUAUACCUAAGGGAAAUGUUUACAAAGAACAACCUUCUGUUGAAAUGAGAAAUAUUGAGAAUCAGAAUAAUGGGGAUGAUCAAGGCAGUAAGAGGGGAUCAGACUUCGGUUUAAGCAGCCUAGAAAAUGAGAGUCCAGAAACAAAUAGAAAACUGAAAAAUGUACAGACUGGAUAUGUCUCAUGCGAGGUUGCAAAGUUAACGAAAAAUGAUGGUCUCCAUAUGUUGUAAAAAGCCUCAAUGGCCAGUUUUUAAAGCUCACAGACUCGGAAUCACUUGCUCCUCACCAAUGCACUUGUGAGGAAGCCAGAUAUUUGGUAUACGAUAUGUCGAUAGUCUACCGUAGUGCUUACUAUGACUGAAAUAAUGUCAUUAGCAGGGACUUAGGUAUUCUUCUACCAUCAAACACUGGAAGGGUGCAGUGUAACUUAAUUGAAAUUAUUUCAAUGUAACUUCAAGUCCAACAACACUAACAUUAUGCCUUUGGUCACCACAAAGAAAAUAUUUCAGAAUUUUAUAACUGCCUUCUUACAGUCAUAUAAAAUGUUACAUUGUAACACAAAACUUCUAUUUCACACUUAUCUACGUGAACAAUAAUAUUGUGCCUUGCAAUUAGGCAGAUAUGUACACCCAUUAUACACAAAUACAGCAAAAUUUUAAUAUUCACGAUUCAUUCUGAUCUCUCACCAGGUAAGUUGAAAUAUAGUGAAACAGAAACAAAUAGUAGUUGAUUUGCUCUUUGUUUUUGUUGUUGUUUUCUUUUAAAUAUCUAGUUAUUCACUGAAAUUAAACCUUUGUCUUCUAAUAACAUUUAUACCAUUAAAACACUACUCACAAUUUGUCGCCAUUGUUAGCAAACAAAAUCUACGGUCUAUUUACAAUAGUAUUUUGUCAAAUGUACACAUGUGUUCAAAAGUUUACCAAAGCAGGUCUUGGAUUAAAAAUUUAUCACAGUAAAUGACAGGAAAUAUUGUUUCUUGACACUUAAUCUGUCAUUUAUUAAAGAAGAAAAACAUGCUGCUGUGGUAAGUUAUGACUGAUUACUGUCUUCUUCCAACUUUGCAAAACUAUUCAGAGGGGCCUUCCUGGCCAAUAACUUGAUACCACUUGCCCCAUACUGCUGUCAGUUCGAAACCUUGCUCGAUGUAUGUUAGAAAGCUAUCUGUCUGGUUUGCAGAAUGUUAGUGGUUCGAUGCAUGUACCUGCCCAUACCUGCAGUAUAUCACGGGGGGUGGGGGAGGGGGAAAUAUGCGGUCUACAUUCACCGACAAAAGCUGAAAGUACCUUUAAGACCUAAAAUCAUGCCAUUGUGACUUAAAACACGUCGGGGAAAAAAAGUCAAAAACCUCAAAUAAGUAAUUUUGUAUGAAAGGGAAUACUGAUGUUCCUAUAAAUAUUAUUUUGUCUUCUAACAUGAGUAACAUGUAAAUUUAUUUGCAUGUUAAUGACAUGUAAAGGGUAAUUUGAACAAUUGCUCAUUUUUUAUUUGAUUGAUAAAUUCACUUUCGCAUAAAGCUUUUGUUUGUAUAUAAAGAAAAAGUGCUAUUUUCAUCAACAUCUUGUGCCUUGUUCAUUUCUAUGUAUUUGUAUAUAUAGACAAUAUAUAUGUAAAUAAUAUUGUAACAUCAGACAUUUUAUGUUGAUACAAUUAUUCACAUGUGAUAUUCUGCAUGUAUUAUGCUUUUAUAUGUUAUGACAUGACACAUGCAAUUUGAUGACUGUUACUGAAAAAAGGUUUGUUCAGUUUAAAUUAAACAGCAAUACUUCACUAAACUGCAUGCAUAGCAAAGGGUGCUUUUGUGUUUCCAGCAUUGCUAAGGGAUCACUGAACUUUGGUAUUAAAUUCACAUUUUUGAUAUACCUUUUUAGCUCACCUGUCACAUAGUGACAAGGUGAGCUUUUGUGAUCACGCAGCGUCCGUCGUCCGUCCGUCCGUAAACUUUUGCUUGUGACCACUCUAGAGCUCACAUUUUUUGUGGGAUCUUUAUGAAAGUUGGUCAGAAUGUUCAUCUUGAUGAUAUCUAGGUCAAGUUCGAAACUGGGUCAUGUGCCUUCAAAAACUAGGUCAGUAGGUCUAAAAAUAGAAAAACCUUGUGACCUCUCUAGAGGCCAUACAUUUCACAAGAUCUUCAUGAAAAUUGGUCAGAAUGAUCACCUUGAUGAUAUCUAGGUCAAGUUCGAAACUGGGUCACGUGCCAUCAAAAACUAUGUCAGUAGGUCUAAAAAUAGAAAAACCUUGUGACCUCUCUAGAGGCCAUAUAUUUCACAAGAUCUUCAUAAAAAGUGGUCAGAACGUUCAACUUGAUGAUAUCUAGGUCAAGUUCUAAACUGGGUCACGUGCCAUCAAAAACUAGGUCAGUAGGUCAAAUAAUAGAAAAACCUUGUGACCUCUCUAUAGGCCAUAUUUUUCAUGGUAUCUGUAUGAAAGUUGGCCUGAAUGUUCACCUUGAUGUUAUCUAGGUCAAGAUCGAAACUGGGUCAUGUGCGGUCAAAAACUAGGUCAGUAGGUCUAAAAAUAGAAAAACCUUGUGACCUCUCUAGAGGCCAUAUAUUUCAUGAGAUCUUCAUGAAAAUUAGUGAGAAUGUUCAUCUUGAUGAUAUCUAGGUCAAGUUCGUAAAUGGGUCACGUGCCGUCAAAAACUAGGUCAGUAGGUCAAAUAAUAGAAAAACCUUGUGACCUCUCUAGAGGCCAUAUUUUUCAUGGGAUCUGUAUGAAAGUUGGUCUGAAUGUUCAUCUUGAUGAUAUCUAGGUAAAGUUCGAAAGUGGGUCACGUGCCAUCAAAAACUAGGUCAGUAGGUUAAAUAAUAGAAAAACCUUGUGACCUCUCCAAAGGCCAUAUUUUUCAUGGGAUCUGUCUGAAAGUUGGUCUGAAUGUUCAUCUUGAUGAUAUCUAGGUCAAGUUCGAAACAGGGUCAUGUGCGGUCAAAAACUAGGUCAGUAGGUCUAAAAAUAGAAAAACCUUGUGACCUCCCUAGAGGCCAUACUUGUGAAUGGAUCUCCAUAAGAAUUGGUCAGAAUGUUCAUCUUGAUGAUAUCUAGGUCAAGUUCGAAAGUGGGUCACGUGCCAUCAAAAAGUAGGUCAGUAGGUCAAAUAAUGAAAAAACGUUGUGACCUCUCUAGAGGCCAUAUUUUUCAUGGGAUCUGUAUAAAAGUUGGUCUGACUGUUUAUCUUGAUGAUAUAUAGGUCAGGUUUGAAACUGGGUCAACUGCGAUCAAAAACUAGGUCAGUAGGUCUUGAAAUAGGAAAACCUUGUGACCUCUCUAGAGGCCAUACCCUUGAAUGGAUCUUCAUGAAAAUUGGUCAGAAUGUUCACCUUGAUGAUAUCUAGGUCGUGUUUGAAACUGGGUCACGUGCUAUAAAAAACAAGGUCAGUAGGUCAAAUAAUAAACAGAAACAGAAAAACCUUGUGACCUCUCCAAAGGCCAUAUUUUUCAUGGGAUCUGUAUGAAAGUUGGUCUGAAUGUUCAUCUUGAUGAUAUCUAGGUCAAGUUUGAAACUGGGUCAUGUGCCAUCAAAAACUAGGUCAGUAGGUCUAAAAUUAUUAAAAUCUUUUGACCUCUCUAGAUGCCAUAUUUUUCAAUGGAUCUUCAUGAAAAUUGAUCUGAAUGUUCACCUUGAUGAUAUCUAGGUCAGUUUUGAAACUGGGUCACGUGCGGUCAAAAACUAGGCCAGUAGGGAUAAAAAUAGAAAAACCUUGUGACCUCUCUAGAGGCAAUAUUUUUCAUGAGAUCUUCAUGAAAAUUAGUGAGAAUGUUCACCUUGAUGAUAUCUAGGUAAAGUUCAAAACAGGGUCACGUACCUUCGAAAACUAGGUCAAUAGGUCAAAUAAUAGGAAAACCUUGUGACCUCUCUAGAGACCAGAUUUUUCAAUGGAUUUUCAUGAAUAUUGGUCAGAAUUUUUAUCUUGAUAAUAUCUAGGUCAAGUUCAAAACUGGGUCACAUGAGCUCAAAAACUAGGUCACUAUGUCAAAUAAUAGAAAAACAACGUCAUACUCAAAACUGGGUCAUGUGGGAAGAGGUGAGCGAUUCAGGACCAUCGUGGUCCUCUUGUUCAUAAUAUGUAAUGAUUCUUCAAAUCUAGAUAAAAGAAAAAUACACUGCCCUAUUUAAACUUAUGAGUUUGAGUUUAGACACCUAGUGUAUUAUGAAUAAUGACACAAGGUUCGUGUACCUUUGUUUCAAUGGGCAGUGAAAUUCGGUUGUAUGUACAAAUAGUUUUCAGUUUGAUGUUAAUAUUAUGCACAAGAAUUAUGUAUAUGAAAUGACAUUUUGUUGAUUCUCUUUCAUUUGAACAUUGUAUAAUGAAUAUAUACCAUUGGCUGCUUAAUCUGGGUUUGACUGUAAAUAAUUUAAAUUCUUCAGAUCUUAUAUAUACCAUACUUUUCAAUAAGCAGUAGCUUUUGACAUUUAUUUAUUUAUUCGUGGUGCUUUUAUUCAAUACAUAUUUUUUACAAAAAUGUGCAAUAUGAAGAGGGAGGAUGUUGAGAUAUGUUGUUUUGUGACUUUUUAGGGAAUGAGACAUUAAGCCUUGUUAAGAAAAAUGUGUUUAUAUACUAAUAGACUGAUUUAAAGGUAACCUUUUGUCAAAAUUAAUUGCUGUUGAUUGUAAACUUAUAUUUGAAGCCGUGCAAAACUAGUAAUAUAAAUAGUUGACUGCCAGUUAAAAGUCAUGAGUUGGUUAUUAUAGCAUUUGGCACAAUCUUCCAAAAUUUUCAAGCAUGACAGAAGACGAAACGUCUGUAAUUAUUCGUCAGCAUACUAUGAUAAAUAAAGGAAUUUUAGGGGUUUUUUUUGCUUAAACUGUCAUUUUGAGCACUAUUCUCACUAUUCUGGGCAUAUCAGUUAAGUUAUCUAAUCGAUAUACUGUUGAAAUGGCAUUCAGCAAGCGUACACUAACGUGCUACUUAUGUAUCAUUUUUCUUGCUUUUAAUGGAAUGGUUUUGUGUCAUGAAAUCUUUAGGUGUUAUUGGCUCAUAAAUCUAUGUUAUCUGUCACAAAAUAUGUCAACAGAUAUAAAGUUCCCUGUUGUAAUACGUUUUGGAGGUUAAAAAAUUGAAUUCAACCAAAUUGUAAAGAAAUCAUUUAUUGUACGACACGCAUAUAAAUUAUUUUAGACAGAGGAUGGUUAAACUAAAAACUUUCUGGAAAUUUCUGUUUACAACAUAGACAGAAUUUAAGACUGAAUAGUUUUGGCCUUCAAAUGAAGCUUGCAGUAGUACCUUCAUCUCGUUUUCGUGAAUGCUUUGUACCAAACAUUUUUACUUAAGAAAGAAAAAAAAAUAACUUAAAGAGAGAAAGAAGGAUUUACAAUUCUGGUCAAAAGAACAUUGCUUAUUAAAUAAUUGGUAAGUCUGUGAUAAGUGAUGACUGGGCAACAGAGUGGCAGAUUAUUUUAUCUGAAUUUUCGUCAAGGAAACCAGACCUAAUUAAGUUAAUGUAUUUGCAGCUUUGAGUCAGUAUUGUGUAUUAAAAUUAGUGUAACUUUAUUUCACUUUUGUGAUAUGUUUAUAGCAUUUGUUACUGCUGAUUGUUUUAUAUGACAAAAAUCAAAGUGCUGUUGUUGUUUUUAGUAGUAGUUUUAUAAUUGAAUUGAUUGUCGUUCUUUAUAUGAAAUACAAUGCAAUUUAUACAGAGUGUCUGUUGUUGUGCCAUGGCGAAGUAAAUAAAGCUAAAAAUGGUGGACAUUUUAUCACCUUUUAGAGUAUAUGUUAACAAUAAUUUUGCCAAAGGCAUUUUAGCAUGGUGUAAGAAUACCUUUAAGUUUUCUGUUAUAUAUAUUUCAUAAAUCUAUUUUUUGAUACGUUGAUUUUUAUUAGUUUUGUACUUCGGUUCAGGUUUUACAGGUCUUAAAAUGAAAUGCAAACAAUUUGUUGUCUGUUUAGUUUUAAUUUUUGCCAUGUGCAUUUUGUACAAUUUACGUACGAAAGUUUUUUUUUGUAACCAAGUUUAUACAGUCUCUUAAAAGAAAAACAAACACUUUUUUUGUUUGUUAACAUUUAUGGAGGAUCAUCAUGUGUUUAAGUGUAAGGUUAACUAAUUUUCAAUAAGUAAAUUUUAGAUGCAAUAUCUCAUGAUUGUCUUAUAUAUUACUGUUAAAAGUAUUCGUAUUUGGUAUGUAAAAAUAGACACAUUGUUCCAUACCUUGUCAAUGGCAUAGGGUUUAGUGGCCAGGUGGUUAGGUCACAGACUUCACUGGGAGCGUUGAAUUCUUCAUGUGCCGAAGCCAUCCAGCUGGUUUACGGAAGGUCGUCAGUUCUACCUAGGUUCCUGCCUGUGAUGACAUAAUACACAUAGGGACACCUCCAAAGCUGGAAAUUCGUCAUAUGACCUACGAUUGUGUCGGUGCGACAUUCAAUGCAAACAAAACAAACAAAAUGUCAACGGUAUUAACAAAACUGCACAAUUUCAAGCGCAACGUGGAACAUUAGAUUCAACAUCAGCACAUUUCAAUAUGAUAUGUUUCUUUUACCUCCUUAUAUGUUGGGCAUAGUUGUAGUUUUUCAUUUUCUUUAUUUUGUUUAUGUACCUCUAAUGUCUUUCUUAUAUACUAAAAAUUUUUGAUCAAUUGUAAUUCAUGUUCUGUUCAGUCGUAAAUCUAAUUCUGUAGAAGUGAGAUGAUAUUAUGAUAACCGCAUUGUUUCAGACGGUGACUGUUCAAAUUUAAUUUACCAUUACGUACAUGUCUGCAACUUCCAUUCACCAAACAAUAAACAUUUUAUGUAUAACUUUAUAAAAGUCAGUUUUCAUUUGCUUGUAGUUCAUUUUGCAAUAUUCAUGCCUGUCAAGAAAGUUGAAGCAAAAAAUUGUAACACAUGGCUGACGUCAUGUGUGAAAUAAAGCCACUACAUCUAAUUUACAUUUAAUUUUAGUGUAAAAACAAAUUGAGCUGAUAUUUUAAGUGUAGUAGACGGUGGUCGAAUUGUUAUAACUGUUAAUUAGAAAACGUUCUGGUGUUUUAGCAGGAAUAGCUAGCUUGUGAUGUUUGUGUCUACCCACAUUGAAUUUAUCAAAGUCAUCAAAUAAAAUUGAUAAGAGCUUGGCAGAUGUUAUAAUGAAAAAUGAAACUGGUGAAAUAACAUCAAUAUUAUAUGAUUGUUGUUCGAACAUCUGUGAUUUUCAAAACCUUUUAUUAUUCAUAACUGAAGUAUAUAACUUUUAAAAAGA